AUGGAAAAAGAAAACAUGAGCUUUCCCAAUGCUUUUGUCCUGCUGGGCUUCUCAGAGUUUCCGUGGCUGGAGAGGCCCCUCUUUGCAGUGGUCCUGGUCUCCUAUAUCCUCACCCUGGUGGGGAACAGCUCCAUCAUCCUCCUCUCCCUGGUGGACCCAAGACUCCAGACACCCAUGUACUUCUUCCUGGACAACCUCUCUCUGCUGGACCUUGGUGUGACCUGCACCAUAGUGCCCCAGCUGCUGGCCAACCUCUGGGGAGUACACAAGACAAUUGCUGCCUGGAAAUGCACCGCACAGGUCUAUCUUUUCACCUGGGCAGCUUGCACUGAAUGUACUCUACUGGCCGUGAUGGCCAUUGAUCACUAUGUAGCCAUCUGCCGGCCACUCCGGUACACUCUCAUCAUGUGUCCCUUGGUGUGUGUGCAGAUGGCAGCUGCAUGCUGGUCCAGUGGCCUGGCCAAUGCUCUGCUCCAAACCACACUCACCCUCCAACUCUCCCUCUGUGGGCACCAUAUCCUGGACCACUUCUUCUGUGAGAUACCUGUGCUUAUCAAGCUGGCCUGUGGGAACACCUCUGCUAAUGACCUGGCCCUGGCUUCAGGAGCCAUGUUUUUUGCACUAGUGGCUCCUCUCAUGGUGGUCAUCUCCUACGUUCUUAUUGCUAGAGCUGUAUUGAAGUUACCUUCAGCUGAAGGAAGACUCAAGGCACUUAGCACCUGCAGUUCCCAUUUGUUGGUGGUCACCAUGUACUUUGGCCCUGCCAUGUACAUGUACCUCCAGGCCUCUGCACACAGCACACAGGGCAAGUUUCUGUCCUUCUUCUACUGUGUGAUCACCCCAGUGCUCAAUCCACUCAUCUACACCCUGAGAAACAAGGAUGUGAAGGCAGCAUGGAAGAGGAUCCUUCAAUCCCACAGCAGGGUGAAGUCUUUAAAAUCCAGAUGCAAGAUACAAAAUUAA